AUGGCUGGGGGCUACGAGAGGGUUAACGCCCACGACGAAGAAGACCACAACAGCCCGAUUCAGCCGGGCAGGAUACCGAAUUCGCCGCCACCUUCUUUCCGAUCGAGGGAAUCAUCGAUUUUUGGACGAGACCGCAACGAUGCGCGCCAAAAAGACGUAGACACAACACUGGCCGAUGCAUUCGACAGUGCAGACGACAGCGAUGACGAUGUCGACGACACCCAAAGGCUUGUCCGUGCCACUCCGGGCACCUCGCAGGCUUCAACAUCUGCGGCCCCGUCGUCGUCUUCGUCGCAGGUCGGCGUGAGCUCGACUGCUACGAGGAAUGCGGCUGCCCCAGGGGGUCAGUCGGCAACGGCACAACCUCCUGCGCCUGCAUCUGGCGCGGCAGCAACGCCAUUUAGGGUCUACGGUGCUGGUAUGCAGUCGGAUGGUGUAUUCUCGAAUCUAUCUGCGAAGCCCGAGCGCGGGGAGGAGAAGGAGGAACAACCACCGACAUACGAACAAGCCGCUGCCGACGCGGCGCCGCCAUAUUGGGAAACAACCAUCAUGGCGCCAGGGUUCGGAGGUGCCGACGAGGUUUACAUCGACGGGAUGCCUGUUGGAUCUUUCUUUUCAUUCGUCUGGAACGGCAUGAUCACCAUCACCUUUCAACCUUUGAUCGGCUUCCUGCUCACUUACCUUCUGCACUCAACCCACGCGGCCAAGAACGGGUCACGCGGUGGCCUCGGCAUCACUCUGAUUCAGUACGGAUUUCAGUUCAAAGCCACCACCGGGGCUGGUGCCGGCUCCAUGCACACCAGCGGAUCGUCCGAACCCGAAAAUUACGCCGAACCUCCCGACCCAAAUGCGCACGACUUUGACCCGAACGCUGUUCAACAGGGCGGCGCCGGAACGGGAGGCAGCGAUAUCAGCGGGUCUGACUGGUUGGCGUAUGUGCUUAUGAUUGUUGGCUGGUUUAUUCUCAUUAGGUCUCUCAGCGACUAUAUUCGGGCAAGAAGACAUGAGCAACUUGUUCUGCAGAGUCCCGACAGGGGCUUGGGGGUGGCUAUUGUUGCUGAGGGGGAGACUCCAGAUCGAGCCGUCUAG